AUGGCCAUGCUUGGGUUGGGAGGGGGGGACGCGGGCACCGCAACGGCGCCGGCGGGCGAAUCACAAUCGGCGCCUCUGCUCGACGUCAACGAGUGGAGAGGAGACGGUACGGAUCGAUCCUCAGAGUGGCCGAUGGUGAAGCAAAACGAGGACGACAUUUACUUGAUGGUGCUUAUUCACGGCAAGCUCGUCGACGCCGGGUUCUGGGUCGGCGAGGACGACUCGGAUGAUAUGUAUUUCGGUGCGACGACCAAAGAGGCUUUGCUGUAUUUCCAAGCGCAAAACGGACUCACCGAGACCGGGCUCGUGGACGAUGAGACGUGGCGCGCGUUGUUAGGAGAGGAGCAAUACAGAUGGGGUCCGCCGCCGGGGGCGAUCGCUUUCGAUGAAACGGAGUUUCAAGCCGUGGCCGCGACCACGGUGAAGACCGAGGAGAAGAAUGAGGAGAAGAUGGCCAACCCGGAUCACUUCAUGGCGGAGGAAGACUACGCUCCAGAUGAAUACGAUCCUUUUGCGGACGAUGAUGAGUAUACUCACGAACCGCAAGGGCCAUCGUUUGAGAUGUCAAAGGGUAAGCGUCAGCACAAGUGGCCCAUUUUACGAGAGGACGACGGCGGUAUGGAGGUGCACAAAAUGCAAGUUCUCCUCGCCGAACAAGGUUAUGACUCGGGCGAAGACGACAUGGAAUACUGGUACUUCGGUUCCACCACGUCCAACGCGCUCAUGACGUUCCAAGCGGUAAAACGCCUUCCGGAAUCGGGAAUCACCGAUAUUAAGACGUGGUGCGCGCUUCUCGGCGUUGAAGAGCUCGAAGACUCUCCGGCAGAGACACUCGCGCGCGUCGGUGACGGCGAUUACCCGAACGAUUUGUCCCGAAGUGAUAGCGUCUUCCUUCUCGGUGAGCAGCGCUACGAGACGCGUUAA